UACAUUCCUAAAGAACUCCCAAUUCCCCACAUCACAUAUAAAUAAAUCCCCCCAUUUCCUCACUCUCCAAAGUCCUUUCUUUCACCAAAUUCCCAAAAACACAUUAUUAUCCAAAAACAUCUAUCCUUUCCUGUUCCUUCUUCACUAAAAUCGCCAUAUCUCAAAAGGGUCCGCCGGAAAGGUGGAAAUUUGAUAAGGGUAUCUGGCGAUCGGAAAAAUGAUGAAGAUUCCGGCGAGAUUUCAAAGGAUUGCAACGGCGUUUGAGGAGAGCAGCGGCAGCGAGCACUCACCGGUGGUAGAGAGUUGCACUGACUUAUCGGACCUUGUGAAGUCGUUUAUGGAGAGAGAAUAUUAUUGCGAAGCCGGAGAUGUUUUUGCGGAUGACGGUGGCAGUUCGGCGGAGAAAACGGAAGAUGGCGUCGGUGAGUGGUCGUUGUCGGAGGCCGUGGGGAAGCUGAGGUGGCUGAUUAACGGCCGAGAAAGUGAUCAGGAAAUCCGCCGGAAAAUUGAGGCUGAGGCUGAGUUGGCUUGCCGGCUGCUUGGGGAGAAGCCUUCUUCUCCCGGAUUUAAACGUAAACUGAUGACUCAUUUCCGGAAAAAUGGCUUUGAUUCCGGCCUGUGCAAAACCAAAUGGGAAAAAUUUGGACAAUAUCCAGCUGGAGUUUAUGAAUAUAUGGACAUAAAUGUCGACGAAAAUCGCUACAUUGUCGAAGUUUUUCUCGUCGGAGAGUUCGAAAUUGCUCGGCCGACAAGUCAAUACGUGUCACUUCUAAAAGCUUUCCCUCAAAUAUAUGUUGGGAAAGUAGAAGAGCUGAAGAAGAUAGUGAAAGUGAUGUGUAGAGCCAUGAGAGAGUCAAUAAAAAGCAAAGAUAUGCACAUUCCACCAUGGAGGAGAAAUGGGUAUAUGCAAGCUAAAUGGUUUGGUUCAUGCAAAAGAACAACAAAUGAAUUGCCCGCCAAGGGGCCAUUACUGAAAUUAGCUCAAAAUCAAAGCCCUCUGGCAGCAAAGAAAUCACUAGGCUUUGAAGCUAAUUUGCCUCUCAAAACUUACCAUUGCAGAGGGGAAUUUGGUAGAAGAAAUAAUAAUAACGGGCUCAAAGUUGGCCAUUUGAGUGCUGCUUUUGAUGGUCAAGGGAUCGGGAUGUAAUUAGUCAUAAAUAUAUAUAGAACUAGCUGCAUGUAAUUGGUUGUUGUGAUGUUUUAGGGUUUGUUCAAGGAGAUUGGGACAAGGGCUUGAGAGGUAAAAUUCUUUAAUUUGGGGAAAAUUUUGGGAUGGGUUUUGAUUAUUCAGUUGCUGAGGUUAAUAAUGUAAAUAAAACCAAAUUAAAGCACCACAGCAAAAUUUUGUAAAACU